AUGCCGGACAACGCCUAUCCACCGAUCGUGUUUUACCACUAUUCCUACUCGCCCUAUGCGAGGCGGAUUGAGUGGUAUUUGCUCCUCCGGGGGCUAUCACCUGACGAUCUCUCCAAGCUCCAACCUCUCAUCAUGCCGCGGCCCGACCUUGGCCGCCUGGGUGUCCACUACCGCCGCAUCCCAGUGCUGGCCAUCGGACGAGACAUAUACGUGGACACGCCCCUGAUGUUGCGCAAGCUGGAGCAGUUGUACCCGUCGGCGCCCCGGCUGGGGAUGUCAUCGUCGGAUAAUCCUGAGGCGCGGGCUAUCGAGCAGCUGCUGGAACUGCUGACCCUUGACAGCGGCGUGCUCCUGAAAGCAUCCAAGCUGAUCCCGGAAGAGACUUCGCCGCUGCGUGACCCGGCCUUCCUGCGGGAUCGGAUGGACUUCAUCGGGAAUUCGCCGAUGAUAUUUUCUGGUGGGGGUGAUAGACAGGCCGGAGGACAGAGUGCCGAGGCUGCUGCUGCUGCCACGGCGCUGCGCCGUGCAGAGGCCCUCGUCCAGCUCCGCCAUGGGGCUGCCAUACUUGAGUCUACCCUGCUGGCCGAUGGCCGUGACUGGAUCCUCGGCACGCCGAAGCCGUCGCUCGCUGACAUCGAUGCGGUCUGGCCGUUACACUGGCUGGCCAACAUACCGGGUGCGUUUCUGCAUGGCGGUGGAGACGGCGAGGAAACGCCCGCCCUGUCGCCGGUGCAGUUCCCUCGUCUCUUUGCCUGGAUCGAACGCUUCAGCAACACGAUGCUUGCAGCCCGCAACGCCCUGCCGCAGAAGCCGCAGGUUCUUGACGGCCGGCAGGCGGCAGCAGCUGUGCUGGCAGCUCCGUUUGCAGAAGACAUUGCGGUGGCUACGUCGGUUGAUGCUGGCGAUCCCGUAGCACAGGCAGCUGGCCUGAGAGAAGGCGUGCGCGUCGUGAUACAACCCACAGACACGGGAAUGUCUGGGCAGGACGUGGGUCGGCUGCUGAAGCUUACGGCAGACGAGGUGGUGCUUGAGUUGGACCCGGUGGAGUCGGCCUCCAACGGCCAAACGGUCCGCCUGCACGCUCCGCGACACAAUUUUGUCGUGCGUCCGUGGAAAGAAGAAGACAACGGUGGUGCACACCUGUGA